GCAGGAUCGAACUACAGACCUUCAGUUUACAAGACUGACGCUCUACCACUGAGCUAUGGAGGCCUGCAGCGGUCGUACAAGAAGGCAUUCCAAAAAGCACAAAUGGCUUUGCCGUGCGACCCAGCCGUAGUUCAAUUUCUCUGGUUCGCCGUGCAUCGAACGGAAGCUGCGAAAUGGCAGCUCUCAUCAUUCUUCUGCUUCUUGCGACAGUCUUAGCUCUCGCAGGUCUUUCUCAAUCUACCCCUCUUCUUCCCCGGAUCGAUUCUCAAACCUCCUCCUGCGCGGACCAACAUAGGAGCCAUCCUUUGAUCUGCGAAUUGCAGGAUGCGAAGCUCAGGAUCGCCCGUCUCGAAACCAUUCUUGAGGAAAGCGUUCAAAGCUUGAAUGCUAGAAUCCUCCAUAUUCAGGAACGUGAGAAGCUAAUUGUGGGGAUGGGAGUUAAGAUUCAGCAACUACAGUCUGACCUACUGAGUAUUAAGGAUAACUCGUCUCGUGCUGAUGGAAGAGUUGAUGCACUAGAAAAAGAGGUACAACUUCUUUGGGCUGCUUCAAGAAAGAACAAUUUUGACAUUCAUAUUCUAGAAUCUAAAGUGCAAGAUGCUGAGGAAAGAUUGGAAGAACUUUCUUCUCAAGUUGAAAAGAUGGCUAGCAUUGUGACGGAACGAUGGAUUCAAAUCCGGCAACUUGAACAGGCUCUUCAAAUCACACAGACGAGGACUUUGAAGGCUCAAGAGCUAGCAGGCUCUAAAAGAUGUAUAUUCUUGAAGUUCAUCAACAAACUUUACAGGAAUUACCUUCAAAACUUGUCUGAGAUGUUAGAUCCAUAUUUGCCUGGAAAGGAAUUUGCCAUAAGUUCCUACAUGUCCGAAGCUCUCCAUCGAAUUAAAGUAAUACUGUCAGCAGCUAAAACGUAUCAUCAUCAGUUGCAAGGUUACAUUAAACAGGAAAUGGAAAGAAACGAAUUUACGGCAGCACUUGCCAAUGAGGAAUUGGUAUUUUUUGUGGCUUCUGCUAUAAUUACCUUCCCAAUAAUGAGUGCUUGGAUGCUGCUCUCAUCGCAAUUCGCUUAGCUUGAAAACUGAAAUGUCCUUUUCUGGAGAAGGUGGGUGCCAUCACAUUCCCAUUGAAGAGGCUAAUGCCCAGACUGGAUGCUGGAGGAUGUCUGCCCUCUGUCUCUAACUGUUCACUAUCACUGCUUUGUUCUGUUAUGGUAAAUGUUGACUGUAAUUUCGCUUGUAUGUCCAAGUAUUUUUCAAAUAUAGGUAAUUAUUCUACGAAGAACAAUGUAUCAAUCCUACUCUCACACAUCGCAACUUGUUCGGAAUGCACUGUGGUAUGAAAUCAAAUGACAAAUUUAAUCUAA